AUGGUCGCUGCGAGUGAAUUGGCCAGCGAUGCCGCAGAGAACGUGAUCACUAAGUCGACUCGUGGGGAACAGGUUGAAAUUGGCCAGCUUUACAACGCCCGCACUGGCGGGAUCAUCCCAAGCAUCUCCCUUUGGCGCCUCGACGACAUCAAAAAGGGGCAGGAGGUCGUUCCAUGCCCAGACACGACCUUCGACUUCACCACCAGCAUGAAGGACCUCCGGAAGCACCACAACCUCGACGCCGAAGGCUCCGUGGAGAUCGACUUCGGCAUCUUCGCGCUCAGCGGGUCCGCCCAGUACCUGAAGAACACGCAGCACCACGAGCACGAAGCCCGCGUGGACGUGUCCUGCACCGUUUACGAGGGAGCGACGGGCAACAUCACCUUCACUAAAAAGUGUAGCUCUAAGGAGGAUCAGACCCGGAUUUCUGGCGCACUGGCUGGAAAACUCAAGGCUUUCAUACCCAUUUCGGGCAAGCUGAGCAUGGAUUGGGAGGAGGGCGAGGAAGAAGACUUCGAGGGCACCGAUAUCAGUGUCCGCGGCGCCAUCACGGAAACCGUCGGCACCAUCGAGGACGCGGCUCGGGUCGGCAAGGAGUUGCCCACAAGGUUGAGUGACCUGAACAAUUCGCUCAAGAUGGUGCUCCUCCCCCUGUCCUUCGUCGACUCCGAGGCCCGCCGCGUCGUGACGCGGCUCGACGCGCGCACCAUGGAGGACGUAUCUGCUGCUCUGAAGACUGCGGAGGGCGUUCACUUGUCUGCUGAGUCCUUGUGCGUCGCAGUGAAUGCGUUCCCAUGUGUAGAGACCCAGCGCAGAAACUUCGCCACCGCCUUUAAUUCCUGCAUCAUUACCUUCCGCACUGCCGUGCGUAACUUGGCGCCGAAGCUCAGGGACGGGGAUAGCAGCACCACAGACAAGGACACCUUUGAGCUCCAGCACGCCGUGGAUCGCAUGACGCGCCAGACGAAGCCUGCCAUUAAGUACGUGGAGCUGAAGAAUCAGGAGACCGCUGUGCUGAGUUCAUAUGUCAAUUUCCUGUUGGAGACCGGCUUUGCCAACUACAUGGACCCCGUGGCCAAGGUCCAGCCCGCCAUCGGCAGCAGCAAGCCGCGCAUCUUGCUCUCCCUGGCCGGAAAGGACAUCAACAACCCGUGCCACAAAUUGGAAACAUCGCUGACAUGCGACGCCGUCGCCGUCGACGGCGAUUCGGAGGAGGAGGAGGAAGAGUGGUUCCAUCGGAGCUCCACUGCGUCUCUGCUGCAGAAAUCCUUCGCCGACGUCGUGGCGCUCCAGGUGGACAACAAGGCGGCCAGCUUCGACGCUGAGUAUGGGGUUGGGAUCGUGAACAAGGGAAUCCCCUUCUGGUCGACGGACGAGAAGAUGAAAAAGACAGAGGUCGGCGACUUGGUGCUCUUCUUGGAUGGCAGAGUCCGCAUAAUCACCAAGCUCUUCCCCGGCCCCCCAGAGAACGUCAAGCUGCGGUGCAACGAGCAGACCAUGCAUGUCCAGUGGGAGUGCCUCGAGCAGCAGAACUCGAUGCCCCCCCGCAGCUUUCGCGUGCUCUGGCGGCCCCGCCCAAACGCCGACUUGGACACCUUCGAUCAGAUCGUCAACGAAUACGCGGAGUUCGAGUGGAGGGAUGCGCCUGCGGGAGAUCCUUACGAGUGCGUACCGGGGGCGCAGGGGGGCGCUUACCGCUGCGAACUCGGCCCCCUGGAUCCAAAUACGGACUUCGAGGUGCGCGUGCAGACGUGCUCCGACAUUGGCUUCUCGGCGCGCUCCCCUCCGAACGUCAAGCGGACGGGCAAGCUGCCCAGUGCCGCCAGGGACAUAAUCGCUUUUUACCAUGAGAAUAAGGCCCGGCUCGAGUCGACCGGGGCCGGGGGAUGGACUGACAAGGUCGGCGGCAAGAAGCCUUGGGAGUCUACGGAGGAUUCGCUCUUCCUUGGCUCGUGUACCGUUGCAAGGAGACCGUGCGAGAGCGGCGAGUUCGCAGGAAAACUGGCUGCCAUCAUGACCGACGUUGCGUCCGACUUCAAGCCCGAGAUCACUCUGGGCCCCGAGCAGGAGGCGCGGGCGCUCGUCCUCAUGUUUGCUGGCCCCACGGGGGCCGGGAAAUCAACGGAGAUCAACGCGUUCGUCUCGUUCUUGUUGGGCGGCGACCUCGCGGACACCCACCGCAUCAUGCUGAUCGAUGACCGCGCUGCCGAUCCGACGCAAUCCGUCACCCAGCACAUCACCGUGUACCGAUUGCGGCCCAUCGGGCCCCGAUUCCAGGGCCAUACGCUGUACAUUGUGGACACGCCUGGCUAUGGCGAUUGCAGGGGGCACGAGGCGGACAACUUCAUUACCGCCGCCAUGGCAGAGUUGUUCAAGAUGAUCGAGCACGUCAACGCCGUAGUCUUCACCUGCAAGGCGAACGAGGGUAAGAGCAGCCCGAGCAUGGUUGCCGUGGCAACGCACAUCUUCCAGCUCUUCAGCAAGGAUGUGCAGGGGUGCCUCCGUGCCGUUCUCACGCACGCUGAUGCGGGAGCACCCCAGGCCGUCGCCAAUCUCAAAGCGCUUGGUUGGCCCGUGGACCAAGGCUACGCUCAAGUAAACAACUCUGCUUUCCGAGCCCAGUCCACAACCGACGCCAACGUGCGCGACUGGUGGAAAAUGUCAAUGUCGGGCCAGAAGCGCGCGUUGGACAUGUUGCUGCGCAUGGGGCCGGUGUCUACACGCAAGAGCGCGCAGGUAACCACGCAACGCAUGACGCUGGAGGAACAGUGCGAGCUCGCUGAGAAGAAGAUCUUCCGCACGGCCCUGGAGACACAGAGCCCCCUCGCCAACCUGCGGGCGAUCGCAGAGGCGGCGGGCGCCAGCCCGGGCGAAAAGGUGAGGGUCAGCACUGUCAUCGUCAAGGAAGAGCCGGUUGCUGAUGGGAAAAAGACUACCCUCUGCUUAAAAUGCCACGUAACUUGCCACGAAAUUUGCGCUUUCGAUGACGGCGAGAAGCAUCAAUGCAUCGCAAUGGACAAGAAUGGGCAUUGUACGAUAUGCCCUAACAAAUGCCGCUAUUCCGAGCACAGGAACGCUAUGUUCAUCUUGCGAUCGGAGACGCAGUGGGAGGAAGUCGUGCCUGAGGAUUUGAUCAAUCGCUGGAACAAGAACAACAACUCCAUCGAGGGCGCCGCGCUCGGCGCCAUGGACAAGUACCUUGAGUUGCAGGACGAGCUCACCGACGACAUCAGGGCCCUGGCCGCGCUCACGGAUGAGCUUCACCAGACAGCUCUCUUGCACGACCCCGAGCGGUUCCUCAAAUAUUUGGACACGCUCAUCGCGUCCGCUAAGGCGCGGGGCGCCAGCAGCGAGCAGUUGCAGGCGCUCAUGUCCGCCAAGAAUACAAUGAAGAUCGCCGCUCAAGCGGCGUCAGCGGAGGGCUACACGAAUGCGGAGUCCGAGCUGCUCGCGAAGGUCACGAGGCACGUCCGCGGCGAGAUGAAAAGGCGCACUCAGAUGGGGCCCCUGGCGCGCGCCAAGGAGGAGGAACAGCCCUGCGAUAUCUACAACAAGAUCUACAAGAGCCUCCCCGCGCCGAUUCGAGAGAAAGCCCCCGUGCCGCCUGCGUGUCCCGACGGCCUGGCGUCAUGGGUGCUUA